AAAAAAACUAUCGUCAUCGGUUAUCAGUUUAAACCACCAAUUAAUUAAUUACUAAAAGCUAACCGGUUUUAAUCUACAAACCGAAUACAAAAAUGUAAACCUACUUCGUUCUUUCUUAAUUUAGGGUUUAUGUGUAUAUAUUUACACAUCCCGCGACCGGGAGAGAUUUUUCAGAGGAAGAGAAAAGGUUUGCUGAAACAAUGACGUUGACGAUCUCCGAUCUUCCAAGGGAUCUGCUAGAGAAGGAAAUAUUCUCAAGAAUACCGUUGAAAUAUGUGAGAGCAUUGCGAUUAACCUGCAAAGAGUGGGAAACUUUAAUCAAAAGUCGGAGCUUAACGAUCGACGAAGAGGAGUCUCAGAUGAUCGUGUUGAUGGAUUACAAUCUUUGUUUAAUGAGCAUAUCCAUGAAUGGAGGAGAACCAUCUACAGAGAUUAGAGGUAAACUUACUUGCCUUGACGAACAAGUCAAGAUAUCUCAAUUCUUUCAUUGCGAGGGUUUAUUGUUAUGCAUCUUGAAAGACGAUACUAAGGUUGUGGUUUGGAAUCCAUAUUGGGGGCAAACAAGGAUGAUCCAACCCAGAUUUUCACACAGGCCAGGCGGAACGGACUGGAUCAAUUAUGCUCUCGGAUACUACGAGAAUAAUAGUAAGAUGAAAUCCUGUAAAUUCUUGAGGUUUUUAGAUUAUUUUUACUAUAUCCCAGCCCCCACCAAAGAAAAGAUUUUUUUUUGGUAUGAAAUCUACGAUUUUGACACUGGUUUAUGGACAACUCUUGAUGUCACCCCACACUGGCGUAUAAGGUUUGAUAACUAUGGCGUUUCUCUCAAGGGAAACACUUAUUGGUGUGCUACAGAAAGGAACCCUGCAGACCCUUUUCUCAAUGUUGAUCACAUCAUCUGUUUUGACUUUACAAGUGAGAGGUUUGGUCCGCUUCUGCCUUUGCCGUUUAGAACUACGUAUUACAACCUUGUGACCCUAUCUUGUGUUAGGGAAGAGAAGCUUGCUGCUUUAUUUUGCCACGAUGGUAUUGUUGAGGUAUGGAUUACGACUAAUAUUGAGGCCAAUAAGGUGUCGUGGAGCAAGUUCUUGACUUUUGAUGUGGGUGACUACCGGAUUAGUCCUUGUACAGAUAGUUUCUUCAUUGACGAUGUGAACAAAGUCGCCAUGAUUUUUGAUAAAACGUGGAAUUGCAACACAGUUACCAUCAUUGGAGAAGCUGGAUACGUCCGAGAUGUUGAUCUCGGAGAACCUGCCCACCAAAAUAGUUUGCUAUUGGUGUGUCCUUAUGUUCCAAGUUUAGUGCAAAUCAAGAAACCUGCACGAUGCAAAAGGAAAAGACAAAGCAGUUUAGAAAACCAUCAAUAUAAGCGAAACAUGGUGAGACUUGUCGCUCUUAAAAAGUAUAUGAUGGCCGAAGAACCCAUAAAAGGGGAUAAAGAGAUGACCAAGUCUCGGUUUUACAGAGCUUAGUUUAUGUCUUUCUCUCUACUCUUCUUGGUUUUAGUGUUUAUUUGUUUAGUAUUAUGUAUAUCAAUAUAUAUACUCUGGUUUCUUUUUACCUGUUUGGACUCUUUGGCUGUGUUCCACAGAUUUGAGAUUUGAUCACUUUACUCUUUUCA